UGUUCUAUAUAUACAGCUGCAGCAACUUGACUUUCGGAAUGAAUUGACGGAAUCUGUGUUUUUGCCAAUAGAUAUACAGUAGGGCUUACAACAAGAGCUCCCUCAACUUCUCGUGCCUAAUGUAAUGUUUAUUGUGCCUACAUGUAGCAUCAGGGAUGUAAACUAUCAGCUACAGUGAUUUCGAAAAAAAGGUACCCACAUUAUGGUUUGGACCUAAGGAUUUAAGCUUAGGAAAAUUGUUCGUUGACUUAUGCGUUUUUGUAUGAUAAAUCCACCAUGGGGAAGAAAAACAGCAAAUUAAAACAGGAGGAGGUGGAGGACCUAAAGAAACGAACCUACUUUACGGAAAAAGAAAUUCAAAAUUGGUACAAAGGCUUCAUGAAGGAUUGUCCAGAUGGGAAACUAACAUUAGAGGGAUUCACCAAGAUAUACAAGCAGUUCUUUCCCUUUGGAGAUCCCAGUAAAUUUGCAUCCUUUGUGUUCAAUGUAUUCGAUGAGAAUAGAGAUGGAUAUAUAGAGUUCCAUGAAUUUUUAACGGCCUUAUCUGUAACGUCUAGAGGAAGUGUGCAGGAGAAACUAAAAUGGGCUUUCAAAUUGUACGAUUUAGACAAUGACGGUUAUAUUACCAGGCAAGAACUGCUGGAUAUCGUGGACGCCAUUUACAAGAUGGUGGGAAGCAUGGUAAACCUCCCAGAAGAAGAGAAUACUCCUGAAAAGAGAGUGAACAAAAUCUUUGACAUUAUGGAUAAGAAUCGUGAUGAUAAGCUUACCUUUGACGAGUUUUUAGAAGGUUCAAAGAAAGACCCCACCAUCAUUCAGGCCCUAACACUGUACGACAUGGCACAGCCCCAGGGCCAGGGCUGACCCCCGGGGAGGCACCGUCAGACAUUCGUGAUGCAAGACAACGAAUGCAAACCCAUUGAGAUCAUUGUUCUAAUUCCCACAUCUUUAUUCCAAAACCAGAGCAACAUGACAUUGAAAGUACGAGUAUGUGUGCUAGGGGUAACCGGAGUCAAUAUGAACGCCAUUUUAUUGUAAACCAAAAUCACCUACGACACUGAUACUAUGUGUAUGUGUGAAUGGGUACCCUCUAUUUAUUAUCAUAAUGUGAUAA